UUAGUUGGCGCGGAACCAAAUUCCCAGCCACGUGUCUAUUAAAAAUUUAUAUCCGAUAACACGUAAUAUUGUUGUUAUCGGGCGAGAUUCGCCGGACGGAAAGGGAGUUUGAUGCCCUUGUCGUGGCAGUGAUCGUACGACUAUGGCCCCGUCAUCAACAACAGAAAGCAAAAGUGACUGUUGUGAAUCAACGAAACACCCACCGGAAAACAAUCUUAAGAAUGGAAACGGAAAGGUUAAUGAAGAAAUACAACUGGAUGACUGCAAUGAUAGUGACAGUGAGGUUGAAGUGGAUAUGGUGGUGCCACCUGAUGGUGGAUGGGGUUGGGUAAUUGUUGCUGCUUCAUUCAUGUGCAAUGUCAUUGUUGAUGGAAUAAUAUUUAGUUUUGGACCAUUCGUAUCAGCUUUAGCAAACAGAUAUGGAUUUAGACUGGUAGCAAUUAGUGGGAGUGUCAUCAGUUGCCUGGCAUUCGUAUUAUCUUACUUCAGUACAUCCAUCGAAUUUCUAUACUUCUCCUACGGCCUUAUCGGUGGAAUUGGUGCUGGGUUAAUUUACGUUCCUGCAGUAAUAACAGCGGGAUUUUACUUCGAAAGAUGGCGAGCCUUAGCAACGGGUAUCGCGGUCUGCGGGUCUGGAAUUGGAGCUUUCGUCCUGGCUCCAGUGUCUCAACUGCUAGUCAAAAAAUUCAAUUGGAGACAAGCGCUGCUGAUCCAAUCCGGGAUGUUGCUAACCUGCACAAUUUGCGGGGCGAUGUUCCGUCCCCUAAAGCCCACAAGAAUAAAGGUCAAGAAGUCCGAGGUGGCCCAAGAAGCAAUAGAAGAGGUUAAAAGCCCAUUGGUCAACGGGAAGAGCGCUUCCACUCAUUCUCUACGAGGCAGUCAGUAUUUGUCUGUAGGGUGGAUUUUUGGGACGAAUAAUAACGCGGAAUAUCCUACUGCUGCGCAAGUUAUAGCCAGUAAUCCAAAUAUAGUCAAAUCAAUUCACUCAGCGCACAAUAUAUUAGGUCUGAAUGGAGAUUUACAGCUGAGUUCCUCGGAAAAACGAUUGUCAGUUCCGCUUUACUCAGAUUUAGACGUAAAGAGCAGUGAAGCUAAAGAAGAAGAAAAUAAUUUACUUGACGGAAGUGACCUAGAAAAACUCAAUGGAGGAUUAUCAACAACGUUGCAAGUUCGUCGACACACAAUAAGCGGUCGUCGUGAUCAUGGAAGUCAGUUAUCAUUAAAGAAAGCCGGAAGCAAACGUCAUCAACCAACGUCUAAAGAUCCUCAACGACCGUUUUAUCGCGAUGAUAUUUUUUAUGGCGGCUCGCUCGCAAGAUUGCCGCAUUAUAAAUCACAAUUGUCUUCAGUGGGUUAUCAUAUGUCCGUAACGCGGCUACCAACAACAACAGAUGUAGAGGAAGAGAAAAGCGGCCGGUGUUAUCUCUACCCAGAAGGAGUGUCACGUAUUCUUGUGACAAUGUUAGACAUCCAGCUAUUAAAAAGUCCGUCUUUUUUUAUCCUCGCUAUCAGCGGCGGGCUUACGAUGAUGGGUUUCUUCGCCCCAUUCACUUAUCUUCCGGACCGCGGGAUGUCUUACGGUUUCGACAAUGAGACGGCGACAUUUUUGGUAUCGACUAUUGGAAUCACAAACACCGUAGGACGUAUUCUUUGCGGAACCUCGACGAGUUUACCAGGCGUAGACGCACUUGUUGUUAAUAAUGUAUUAAUUAGUAUUAGUGGUAUCAUUACUAUUAUAUCAGCAUUAUCAUACUCUAAAGCCUAUCAAUUUUUUUAUGCUGCUGUCUAUGGAUCUAGUGUUUGAGCAUUAAUGGAAGCUACUGGGACUUACGACGCCUCUUUUUACCUAUCAGGUACCUUAAUACUCUUAUCAGCAGUAAUCUGUUAUCCACUUAAGAGAAUAAACGACUGGGAAAAGCGACGCAAGACUGCCCAACCAGAUCUUGAGAGCUCUUGA